AUGUCUGUCAUCAAGAGCUUUUUGAUCUCGACGAUCCUUGCGACUGCCGCUGUUGCGACAAGUCAUGAAUCCUUUAAUGGCGGUGGUGGUGGUGGUAACGGCUGGCAACAACCUCCUCAACCCUCCGGUGGAUGGAAUAGCUGGGAAACCAGUGCGCCCCCACAACACCAACCCGCACCCGUCAGUCAAUCACCUUAUGAGACUGCUGCUCCAGUAUGGCAAGCUCCUUCUUGCCCAGCAGGAUGUAUUCCCAUCCCAACAGGUGGUGCACCACCUCCACCACCACCUGGACAGCUCAUGGUCCAAGUCGUGUCUGUCGCCGACGCGAAUGGUAGCUUGAAGUACUUCCCAAACAAGAUCGAUGCUCCCGUGGGCUCCAUCGUUCAAUUCCAGUUCCACCCAAAGAACCACACGAUCACGGAGUCCAGCUUUGCCGAGCCUUGCAAGCCACUCGCCGCAAACCUGACAUCGGCCAUGCGUCCCGGUAUCCGAUCUGGAUUCAUUCCGGUCAAGGGUGAUGAGCCAUUCACGCCAGUGUAUAAUGUUCUUGUCAAUGAUACCAAGCCUAUCUGGAUCUUCUGCGGUCAAGUCAACCAUUGCCAGAGAGGUAUGGCCAUGGUCAUCAACCAAGCGCCAUCAGGACCCAACACCAUCGAAAAAUACAUCGAAAACGCCGGCAAACUUCCCACCGUCUCAGUGCCAGCUCCACCACCACCAGCUGGAACUGUUGCUCCCCCACCAGCUGGAACUGCACCUCCCCCACCACCACCCGUCGCCACCGCUACCUUCGGUGGUGGCUUCAACGCACCCCCAUCAAGCUCGCUCGUCGGUGCACCACCCGUGCAGACGGCAGCUACCAGCUCAAGACCUGCUGUACCUGCCACAUUCACUGGUGCUGCUUCGAGCUUGAAUGUCCGGGAUGCAUCCUUGGCUGGUGUGGCGGUCGGUGCCUUGGUGGCUCUGUUGUAA